AUGAGCCGCCAUCUGGAGCCCGACGCCGAAAAGGUUCGAAAGCAGAUCAAAGAGAUGAUAUCAGAGACUGCUACAGAAGAUAAUAGCAACCUUAAGAAGGUGGACUGCCUUCGCAGUGAUGAUGGGAGAGUGAUGUAUGCAGGAGAGGAGCUUGCAAAGCAAGUCGUCACCCUGCGCCAUUAUCUUGGUCUUGGUCCGGACUGGGGAUGGACCCUCUGGCAUUUCCCUGCGCCAAGGGAACUAAUUAACGACUCCUCGAUGUACCUCGUCCCACUAUCCGGCAGCGCAAGCAUACCACAAGACGAAUCAUUGACUGAAGGCUCUUUUAUGUGUACCACUAAUAACUCCAUGCUCAGUCCACGAACGACUGUCCUUAUUUUCAUGAAGCGAAACUCUCAUUCUCAAUCUUGUUAG